UCACAUUUGUUUUACUCGAUAAACCUUGAAUAAUUUUUUCUUUACAUUUUAUACUUUUAUUCCUUGUUUAUAAUAUUCGUUAGAAUAUAAUAAGUGGUAAGGCAAUUUUAUUCGUUUAUCCUGUGACAAGUUAGAAGAGUUUUUCAAGGGUGACCGGCCGGCUUUCCUAGCAUGUUAUUUUAAAGUUUUGAAAGAUGAAGAUAGAAUUGGUGGAAUCUCUUAAAGGCCAUACGGGGAAAGUCUGGAACGCCAAAUGGAACCCUCAAGGCACUUUGUUGGCUUCGUGUGGCGAAGACAAGACUAUCCGGCUUUGGGGAAAGUCCGGACAGCAGUGGAAGGCGAAGGCGGUUUUGCAGGACGGCCAUCAGAAAACAAUAAGAGAAGUAUCUUGGUCACCAUCUGGUAAAUGUCUUGCUUCGGCUAGCUUCGACGGGACGACAGCAAUUUGGGACAACGAUAGCGGUCAAUUUGAGUGCAAUGCUACAAUCGAAGGUCAUGAGAAUGAAGUCAAGUCGGUUUCGUACUCUCCUUCCGGACAGUUUCUUGCAACAUGCAGCAGGGACAAGUCCGUUUGGGUUUGGGAACUUGAAAACGGCGAGUAUGAAUGUUCAUCAGUUUUGAACGCUCAUACACAAGAUGUAAAAAAAGUCAUCUGGCAUCCGCACGAAGACCUCAUUGCCUCGGCUAGUUACGACAACUCGAUUAAAAUGUUCAAAGAAGACCCUGCUGACAACGAGUGGAUGACUGUCGCUACUUUGAAUUCGCACAACUCGACUGUAUGGAGUAUAUCAUUCGAUCAAACUGGCACAAGACUCGUCAGCUGCAGCGAUGACCAAACUGUUAAAAUCUGGAAGCAGUACAAACCCGGCAACCCUGAAGGUGUCCCAACUGUUGACAAUGAGGCGACAUGGAAAUGUGUUUGUACCAUAUCCGGGUACCAUGACGGAUCAGUUUUUGAUGUCGCCUGGUGUAAACUAACAGGGCAUAUUGCGACAGCAUGUGCCGACAACUGCAUUAGAAUAUUUCAAGAAGUAGAACCCUCAAAUGACAAUCAGCCCAAUUUCGAGUUGAUGGCCGUAAAACAUCAUGCUCAUGAACAAGACGUUAAUUCUGUCUUUUGGCAUCCAACAGAGCCAGGAUUGCUUUGUUCAACCAGUGAUGAUUCACUUGUUAAAAUAUGGGAAAUUGAGAACGAUUGAUAUAUUGUAUCAUGAAUAUAUUUUUAAUUAGUUAAAUGA